AUGUUUGCCAUCUACCACAAGCGCAAGCGUCGCACGGGCAACAACAGCAGGGAUAUGCGGCUGAAGGAGCUGGAAGGGUACCUGCAGCAGGUGCGGUCGUUUGAGGAGCCCAAGGUGCUCCUUGAGCAGUACCCGACAUCGGCGCACAUUGCCGCGCACUUGCUGUACACAAUGGACAGCACGUACGGCGAUGUGGAGGACAAGGUGGUGUGCGACUUUGGCGUGGGCGGCGGCAUCUUGAGCAUCGGCGCCAUCAUGUUGGGCGCAGGCAUGUGUAUUGGCUGCGACAUCGAUGAUGACGCGCUGGAGAUUGCGCGGGCGAAUGCCGACGAGUUUGAGAUUGACAACCUGGAACUGCUGCGCGUGGACGUUGGCACCCGACACGCGGGCCACCUCCCACCUCUGCCCAUUGGCUCAGUGGACACCGUCAUCAUGAACCCUCCAUUUGGCACCAAGAAAAAUGCCGGCAUUGACAUGAACUUUCUCGAGCAAGCCUCCAGGAUAUGCACUGGCGCCAUCUACUCACUGAACAAGACGUCGACGCGCGCGUUCAUCCAGCGCAAGUGCCGUUCGUUUGGUCUGGAGAUGGAGGUGGUCGCAGAGCUGCGCUACGACAUUCCCCAGAUGUACAAGUUCCACAAGAAGAAAAGCGUCGAUGUUGAGGUUGAUUUCUUGCGCUUCACACCAACAGCUGAUGACAGCUGACAGUGCCUCCUUUGCUCCACCCUGUUUCGUGACUUGCCGUUUAUGUGUACAUGUACAUAUCACAAUACAUAGAAGACCUACAGCCAA